UUCCAGCCACACUCAAGCGUACGCACACACGAACACACGCACACACACAUACGUACACACGCACUCACCUUCGCCGAAACGGCCGCCCUCACUCGCGACGCAGGACACGCGGCGAGAAGGUGCUCGGAUCGGCGGUGCGGCUCGACGCGAAAUGAAGACUGUGACGUCACACCCCCUCCCCCUGCUGGUCCUCCUGCUGGCGUGGGCGGCGACCAGGGCGGAGGACGCGGCGGCGAAGGAGGAGGCGGAGGCGCUGCCGAACCCCGAGGGCUGGAGGGCGCCCCAGCGGCUCCCUCCCCCCGGCAGGUCGCGCUUCGGGAGCGGCCCUUCCUACGACCUCGAGAAAGCCUUCGACUCCAUGAGCAACAACAGGGCGGCCAACCGCAAUGGAUACAGCGGCAGCAGCAGCAGCAGUUCCGGCAGCGGCAGUUACAGCAAGAAUCGAGGAAGCAGCGGGGGUUACAGCGGCAGCAGCGGGGGUUACAGCGGUAGCAACGGGGGUUACAGCAGCGGCAGCAGCAGCGGGGGUUACAGUAGCAACGAGAGAUACAGUGAUGACCUCUAUCGCGAUGCUGGGUAUCCGGAAGAUGAGCAGUACAGCGCAUAUGCCUCUGCCUCCGACUACGGUGGUUAUGGCAGUGACAGCGGAUACGGGUUGUCCUGCGCGUCGGGCUACGUCAACGCCUCCGCCGUGGCUCUGCUGGCCUUCCUCUUCCUCCUCAACAUCGUGCAGGACGUGAUCCAGCAGAUCACCGCCGGACGAAGGAAGCGCGACGCUGAGGAGGAGAGUGACGUCUUCGCCUUCGUGCACAACGGGGGCCUCGCCACGCUGAAGGAGGGGCUGCCGGAGGUCGUCCUUCCUCUCAUGGUGGACCUGAUGGAGGCCACGGAGGCCCCCCACUGCCUCCAGAGGCCGCUGUGCGAGGCCAACGCCCAGCUCUCGCUCCGCUACGGCGUGGUGGGGCGCUUGGUGGCCUCGCUGCUGUCUAACGUCAUGGGCAAAGCCUUCUCGUGGGAUGACAACAGGCGCUUCCACCUGGCCCUCGAAGCGGCGGCGGCAGGGCGAAGUGAGCACACCUGCGCCAAGUUCCCCAGGUGCUCCAAGGCCCACAAGUACUCGAGGGACGUCAACGGCGGAGGCGGGAACGGCACGCAGGAGCAGAAGGACGUCGGAGGACCCGUCGGGGAUACCCUGCGAGAUAUCCACUAUAACGGGGUCGACUGAGCGCGUCUCGUAAAAAUUUUGUACCGGCGGGCAUUAAUCCUUACUGUUUUGUUCAAUGUUUCUAUUUAUUCUUAAGAAUCUUCUCCAUAAAUGCUAGAUUCACUGACGAGUAAGUAUGUAAGAUAUCUAGUCAAAAGUGAUUAUUUAAUUCAUUUUCCUUUUCUUCAUUUUUAUUUACAUUCUAAUUUCGCUAAUAUUCUGGGGAUGGUCAUUAGUUUCCUGAAUCACCACUCCACGUAGCAGAUUGGGGCAUUAAUUAACUAUAAAUUAACGUAAAGUUUAACUUGAGUAAUAACCUCUCUCUUUUUUAUUAGACUUUUUCAAUUCGUCGUGAUUAAAUAAACAUUAUCGUAUUUUUCUCUCUCUCUCUCUCUUCUCUAUCUUAUUCCCUUUUUCUCGUUUCCUUCUCAGUUAUCAUCUCUUUCUCCUUCCCUUUUCUUUCAUCCAUUUCACUUCCGCGUGAUUUCCUAUCGCUCAUUUUUUGUUUCCUUGAUAGGUGUACAAAGUCUGUAUGUACUGUUCAAAUUUCCAACUUUUUCUUAAUUACUGUUAUGAUCUACUGAAUA